UGUAGCUUUGGUUGGGUGUGCCAGUCGAGCGCCCGACUCGUCACUCGUCUCGGUUGUCACAAAUGUGACGAGACGCGUUUUUGGAAACAGCGCCGUCACGCACCAUCUGCCGGGGUCCUGGGAAGGUGCAGCCCGAUAUGGAUGAACUGCAUAGUUCACUUCAGCCACCCGCGCCACCGCAAGAUUUGGGCAGGCUAUCGACACCGGCAUAGACGCACGCCCGCAACGACCUCAAGACCUCAAAAUGAGUCACCGUAAGUACGAAGCCCCCCGUCACGGUUCCCUUGGAUUCCUGCCCCGCAAGCGGGCUGCGCGCCACCGUGGAAAGGUCAAGGCUUUCCCCAAGGAUGACCCCAAGAAGCCCGUGCAUUUGACUGCCGUCUUGGGCUACAAGGCUGGCAUGACCCACAUUGUCCGCGAUCUCGACCGUCCCGGAUCCAACCCCCCGAUGGUCGUUGUUGGUGUUGUUGGUUACGUCGAGACUCCUCGUGGUCUCCGCACUCUCACGACUGUCUGGGCUUCCCAUCUUUCCGACGAGCUCAAGCGUCGCUUCUACAAGAACUGGUACCGUUCGAAGAAGAAGGCCUUCACCCGUUACGCAAAGAAGGCUGCCGAGGACGGUGGCAAGUCCAUUACGCGCGAGCUCGAACGCAUUCGCAAGUACUGCACUGUCGUCCGCGUCCUCGCCCACACCCAGAUCCGCAAGACCGGUCUCAGCCAGAAGAAGGCGCACCUCAUGGAGAUCCAGGUCAACGGUGGCUCGGUUGCAGACAAGGUCGAGUUCGCACACGGCCUGUUCGAGAAGCCGAUCGAGGUCGGCACUGUGUUCGAGCAGGACGAAGUCAUCGAUGUUAUUGCGGUGACGAAGGGUCACGGUUUCGAGGGUGUGACCCACAGGUGGGGCACCAAGAAGCUGCCCCGCAAGACGCACAAGGGUCUCCGAAAGGUCGCUUGUAUCGGUGCAUGGCAUCCGUCGAAGGUCAUGUUUUCUGUUGCCCGUGCUGGCCAGAACGGCUAUCAUCACCGCACGGAGCUCAACAAGAAGAUCUACCGCAUCGGCAGUGGCGGGGACGACGGCAACGCAUCGACUGAGCACGACAUCACGAAGAAGGCCAUCACGCCCAUGGGUGGCUUCCCUCACUACGGUAUCGUCAAGAACGACUACCUCAUGCUUAAGGGCUCUAUCCCGGGUACGAAGAAGCGUGUGAUCACCAUCCGCAAGUCGCUCAUGGUGCACACGUCUCGCCGGGACCUGGAGAAGGUGCAGCUCAAGUUCAUCGACACUUCAUCCAAGUUCGGUCACGGUGCCUUCCAGACCUUCGAGGAAAAGGCCGCGUUCUUGGGAACGCUCAAGGCCCGGGCGUGAUUCACUACAUUACCAUGUACUCUCUCUGUUCAUUAGGCCCACACACUCGCAUUACACGCCUUAUGCUAUGCUAUGCUCUGCCUUGCAUGAUAUACCUCACGGAAUGAUUGCCCGUCAGAGUGCAACACGU